AUGUGCUGUGCUGAUCUAUACAAACAUAGACCCGCUAACCUUUCGCUGGAAAGAGAGUUUCAGAUCGACGAGAGGCUGCAGACACUGCAACGAGAAAAGAAUGAACUUUUAAGGGUAAUUGCUGAAUUCAGAAACAACCGGACAUCAGAACUGUCUCCACGAAACGAGUCGUCAAAUUCAUUGACGUAUGAAAUGGAGCACGCAAGACGAAAAGCAGAAAAUACAAUUACAGAACUCUGGUAUUUUCUCGACUCCAUUUUGGGUAAAUCAGAUACAGAGAAAGGUCAGAUGCCACUUAAGAUACCGGAACUGAGAGAAAGCCUGCAAGGUUACAAACGAAGCCUGUUUGGUGACUUUGAAAAACUCCGGACCGCCAACAAAGCAGACGUUUACAGAAAGCAAAGACUUCAAGAACUAGGGGAUUUAAUUCAGAGGAGGUUAGAGCAUCUUCAGAACCCAACUGAUUGUAAUACUACAAAGAAGCUCGUCUGCAUCUUGUCAAGAUCUUGUGGCUUCGCCUGCCAAAUGCACCAUUGUUUACACUGCGUGAUAUCAUCCUAUGCCUUGGGGAGGUCUCUUGUCUUGAAGUCAAGAUCGUCUCUGUACGCUUCUGAAAGCUUUGACUCUGUGUUUGAGCCGAUGAGCAGUUCGUGUUUGGCCGCACAGUUUAACAAUACUACAAAAUGGCCAGCAGUGACAACACCAUUUUUUUUAACAUCUGAGGAAAACUAUUCUCCCCCACGCCCUGCGUUCUUGCCACCUGCCGUCCCCGCAGACUUGGCCCAGGAGCUGUCCAUCCUCCAUGGGAACCCAUCAGCUUGGUGGAUCGGGCAGCUGGCUAGAUACAUCUUCAGGUUGAAGCAAAACCUGUUGGAAGAGGUGAUCAGCAGAGGAAAGAAAGCUGGGUUCACAAAUACAAUUGUCGGUAUCCACAUACGUAGAACAGACAAACUUAUCUUAGAAUCGGCAUCUUAUCCAGUUGAAGAAUACAUGUACCAUGUAAAAGAAUACUACGAUCAGGUAGAACAGACACAGCCGGGCAUCACUAGAAGGGUGUACAUUACUACAGAUGAACCAACUGUAUUGUCAGAAGCUAUAAAGAAAUACCCAAACUACAUAUUUAUCAACGACUUCAACGGUACACGGACAGCGACAAUGGCAAGCAGAAAUUCAAAGGAAUCCCUGCACGGAAUCAUCACUGAUGUGUAUCACCUGGCACGUUGUGAUUACUUAGUCUGUACCUUCUCUUCCAAUGUUUGUCGACUGGCGUACGAGCUGAUGCAGACUGUCCAUGGAGAUGCCUCCAGGAAUGCCCGUUCACUGGAUGCAAUAUUUUUCUUUUAUGGACAGAAUGCUCAUCAGAUUUCUGCUGUAGAAGUUUAUCGGAGCAACAAGAAGGGGCAUAUCGAGCUGAAGCCAGGAGAUGUAAUCUCUGUAGCGGGCAAUCACUGGAACGGCUUCUCAAGGUGA